GAUGUGUGAGCGUGAGCGCGUGCAUAUUGAUGUCUAUGUAUGGCUGCUCGCAGCGUCGAGAGACGCCGCUCUAACAGGAUGGACUACAGAGAGUUUACGGUGAUUGUUUUUUGUCUCGGUUUGUCUUUGAAUUUGUGCUCCUGUCAGACUUACACUCUGAAUGAUGAAGGCGGUCUGGGCAGAGUUUUUGACGGAAUUGGAGGUCUGAGCGGCGGAGGGGCGACGUCUCGUCUACUGGUCAACUAUGCUGAGCCAUACCGCAGUCAGAUAUUAGACUACCUUUUCAAGCCAAACUUUGGAGCGUCUUUGCAAAUACUGAAAGUGGAGAUUGGAGGAGACGCUCAAACUACUGAUGGAACAGAGCCAUCGCACAUGCACUAUGAAAAUGAUGAGAACUACUUCCGAGGCUAUGAGUGGUGGCUGAUGAAAGAGGCCAAGAAAAGGAACCCAAACAUCACACUCAUCGGUUUACCCUGGGCAUUUCCUGGUUGGGUGGGCCAUGGUAAAAACUGGCCCUAUGACUUCCCAGACAUCACUGCAGCAUAUGUGGUGAACUGGAUCCUUGGUGCCAAGCAGUUCCAUGACCUGGACAUUAACUACAUUGGGAUUUGGAAUGAGCGAAACUAUGACAGCAAGUACAUCAAGCUGCUGCGGUACACCCUGGAUAAGAGUGGUCUGGAGAGGGUCAGGAUCAUAGCCAGUGACAACUUGUGGGAGCCCAUUGCCGUGUCUUUGCUGCUAGACCCUGAGCUCAGCAGAACUGUAGACGUGAUAGGGGCCCACUACCCCGGCACCACCACAGUAAUGGAGGCUCUCAAGACGCAAAAGAAGCUGUGGUCAUCAGAGGACUACAGCACUUUCAAUGAUGAUGAGGGAGGAGGCUGCUGGGCUCGCAUCCUCAAUCAGAACUACGUUAACGGAAACAUGACUGCCACAAUCUCCUGGAACCUGGUGGCCAGCUACUAUGAGGAGCUACCGUUUGGCAGAGAUGGGUUAAUGACAGCCGAGGAACCCUGGAGCGGCAACUACGUGGUGGAGUCCCCGAUCUGGAUCACAGCUCACACCACACAGUUCACCCAGCCAGGAUGGACCUACCUGCAGACUGUUGGACAUCUGGCACAAGGUGGAAGUUACGUUGCCCUAACUGACGGGAAAGGAAACCUCACUCUUGUCAUAGAAACUAUGACUCACAAUCAUUCGGUGUGCAUAAGACCUCCUCUCCCUCCCUUCAGUGUGACAUCGCAGAAUGCAACUUUCCAGCUGAAUGGAUCCUUCGCCUCCAUCAAUGAACUCCAAGUAUGGCGGUCACAGUUUAACUUCAAAACCAAACAACCCUCCUUCUUUGAGAAAAUGACCCCACUGAAGCUUUUAGAUGGAUCGUUCACCCUGAGUCUAGCAGAAGAUGAGGUUUACACGUUAACCACAAUUACAACAGGACGGAAAGGCAGUUACCCCGACCCCCCUCCCUCUGCUCGCUUUCCCAAAGUCUACAAGGACAACUUCAAUGUUCAAAACCCUCCCUUCUCUGAGGCUCCAGACUUUGCUGACCAGACGGGGGUGUUUGAGUAUUACAUCAACCUAACUGACCCUGGACCUCAUCUUUUUACCUUACGUCAGGUUCUAACUGAGAGGCCCAUCACGUGGGUGGCUGAUGCUGACCAGACCAUCAGUGUCAUAGGAGACUAUCAGUGGCAGAACCUGACGGUUACAUGUGACGUCUUCAUGGAGAGCGUUAUGACUGGUGGUGUAUUCAUUGCAGUCAGGGUGGAUAAAGGAGGCCAGUCGGUGCGCAGCGCUAAAGGAGUCUUCUUCUGGGUGUUUGCAGAUGGCACAUACAAAGUUACCAAUGAUCUCACUGGACAGGCGGUACUUGCAGAGGGGCUGUCUGGUACCCGAGCAUAUGGCUGGCACACCUUAUCACUCACUGUGAAAGGCCCGUAUGCAUCAGGCCUGCUGAAUGGAUACCCACUGUGGAAGAAUGCUGUGGCGCUGACACCAAAGAAUGGCUGGGCUGCCAUAGGGACACGCUCGUUUGAACUGGCUCAGUUUGAUAACUUUGCUGUGGUGGCAGAGUAAUGAUUUGCACUAUGCUGUGAAUAUUUUGAUUCAUUUGUUUACUUGAUUAAUCCAUUGAUUUAACACUUCACUGUGCUUUAAAGUGUCUUACGCAAGAAUUUAAGAGAACAGGAUGUCCCUUAAUAUAAUGUAAUGUUCUGUCUGAUAUGAUUGUUAAUGGUUUUGCCCUAUGUAAUUUUUUUGGAAAAAAUGAUUUUUUUUAAAUAUUCUUAUUAUUCUGAUAAAAAAGCUUUGUAAUCAUUUAAGAUGAUUUGUGUAGCUGCUGAAAUUAAAAACAUGUACUAAAUGUACUAAAAGUCA